AUUGACUUCACCAGCUUACUUGGUCUCUGUGGAAAUGAGUUGCGCCUUCCAUUCCUGGGUGAAAGACGAGUGUUUGAGAGAGCAGAAGAAGUGAUGAAGCAGAGCCUAGAGAGGGUUAACCUCUKUCUACACUGGGAUCGGACAACUCUUCUCAGUGAAGCUCUCAGCAAGACCAUUUUAAAGUGUUUGACACAUAUCAACAAACUCAGUUUUACCCCACUACAACAUCAGAGAGGAUCCCCUGAAAAACUAGAGAAAGAAGAAAAAGCAGUCCUACUAGAUUUGUGUCUACAAGCAGGAUUAUAUCACAGAGAAACGUUCCAGGGUGCUGUGAACACACUGCUGUCACUGUUUUCUGUGUAUCAAACUGAAAGAUAUGACAUCCUGCUGGAUCUGUACUCACAUGUGAAGUACAAUAGGAAACAAGCAGGCAGAAGUAUCCUUCCAUCAUUGAGACCACUUUACCAGCCAGCUCCUGCAGUCUGGUCCAUAGACCUCUCAGAGAGAAAGGUCUCCCUCCUCCUAGACGUGCUGAAACUCCAACCAGAGAAGAAAUCUGUAGAGCUGAAAGGCUGGUCAGAUGAAGACAGUGAAGUGAGGAGUUUCCUUCAGUGUCUGCCCUACAUCUCACAGCUCAGGAUUGCUCCACCACAGGAUCAGAGAAGAUCCCCUGAAGACUUGAGAAAGAGAGAGAAGACAUUCCUACUGAAUAUGUGUCUUCAAGCAGCCCUCCAUGAGAGAGAAACCAUACAAACAACUGUAGAGAAAGUGGUUGUCACUGUCUGA